CAUCAGCAAGAAUGGCGAAGAAAAAGCAGGUCCAAACGGACGAUGGAUGGACCGUCGUGGCCGGCUCAGCAACAACGCCCAGCAACAACGACAAGAACGGGAAUGCCGAAGCCAGCAAUCGCGCGCAACAAGAAGCACGACCUCGAAAGACAGUCAAUGGUCUGACGGUCGACAAACUGGCCCACGAGUUCCGCGGGAUGCAGAAGCGCUUCAACGACACCUUGUGCGCGAAGAAUCUCGAGCGCAUGUUGCGGCUGCGAGACGGGCUCUGGACCCUCGACAAUGCGGUUUGUAUAGGAGUGGGGAGUUUCAGCAUAGAUUGGGAGCAUCGCUAUCGAUCGUUGUGGCAAUUCGUGCUGUUUCUCAAUGUGGUUGAAAUUGAUCCUUCACCUGAUGAUGGCAAUCUUUUUUCCCUCUACUUAUUAACUAUCUGUGAAGUCAUGGGAAAGCAGAACAAUCACAUCUCCCUCUACGCGCAAGACCCAGCCUUCACGCCUCUCGACACCGAGUUCCUCUCCUCCCUCAACAUCACGCCCCUUACAUCCACAGCCGCUACACACAUCUCCUCUUCCUCCUUCGUCUUCGCGCCGUUCGUGGACUGGUUCCUUCUUCUUCCGCACUUCUUGAAAGAUAAAGAUCCACAUUUAUACGUUGGAAACGAGGUGUUGAGGGACUACGCUGCGUUUGCGAAUACGCGGGGGAAGAAGGAUGUAUUGACCGAAUGCAAUCGCUUGGGUAAAGGGUUCUUGGAAGGGAGGGAGAAGAGGAAAGUACCUGGGUUUGACCUGCAUGGGGGUGCGUUGGAAGGACUUGUUGUUUAUUGGAAGGAGGAAGGGGAUAGCGACGAGGAAGGAUGA